AUGGUUAAUCCUUGGAAAUAUCCAUAUCUACCUGCAUACUUGCAAAAUGUAGCGAAAGGCAACCCGCUACCGGGCCUGCCAUGUUCAUCUUUCACGCCCGCGCCCGACGUUUUCGCGUCAGCGAGUUGCUGGGGAGUCGAGCGGAAGCCGGAGGUUCAUUCUCUGGCACCGCUGGCGCAGUUAGUAGAUAGCGAAUACAUCCUAGCGCUACCCCUUUGGCGAAGGGUCAGCCGAACGGAUAUACGGCUGCACCAGAGCCGCGCGAAUCCAGGCGCGCUGAUUGUUUGCAAUUCUGGAACUGGGCCAAACGCAGCGGCUGUAGCGCGCGGGAACUGGCUGCAGCCUCUCAAUAGUGGCGGUCGGCAACUCUUUUUAGCGACCGGCGUGGCGCGUCUUCUUGCAAUUUUAGGAUGCGGAAAAGCAGGCCGCCAGCAUUCGCCAAAGCCGGGGGCCAUUCGUGAAAAGCCUCCAGGUGGUCUCCCGGCCAGCGCGCAUGCACCCAAAAAGCGCAGCAAAUCCGAGGAAAGCACCUCCACCGAGCGCUAGCCCACCGCGCAACAUGCCUAGUAGCUGUAUUUCGCUGAGCAUGUCCCGCUGCUCCAGAAACUCUUGGCCGUACUUCAGCCAGGUCGCAAAGCAACCGCCCACGGUUCCGGUGCGAUCGGGAAAUACUGUCAGGCAUCUUGGGUUCGCAUAAAGAUGUCGCAUGAAGACCAAUACCCCAAACAAAUACCCCUUGAAGGGGGUACUUGCUGGGGGUAUUCGUCAUCGUUGUGCACCGAGCUGAGUCCAAAAAUCCCGGGGGGUAUUGAUGGGGGUAUUCGU